AUGUACGCCAAAUCGAUGCUUGUUGCCAUGCUGGGGGCCUCCAUGGCCAGUGCUCACAUGAUCAUGACCAACCCUGUUCCUUAUGGAAUGGACACGCUUACCAACUCUCCUCUGGCAGCGGAUGGCAGUGACUUUCCCUGCAAGUUGCGCUCGAACACCUACGAGGUUACUGAGGAGAACGUCAUGGUCAUCGGACAAUCCCACAACUUGACCUUUCAGGGCAGUGCUACCCAUGGUGGUGGAUCAUGCCAGAUCAGUCUCACCACCGAUCUGACGCCCUCCAAGGAUACCGAAUGGCAGGUCAUCAAAUCUUUUGAGGGUGGCUGCCCGGCCAAUGUUGAUGGCAACCUGUCCGGUGGUUCUACUAUGGUUGAUCCAUACUCUUUCGAUUUCGCCAUUCCAGAGGGUAUUUCUGCCGGCAAAUAUACUCUUGCCUGGACUUGGUUCAACCGUAUCGGCAACCGUGAGAUGUACAUGAAUUGCGCCCCAGUCACCGUGAAGAGUGCGAGUUCAUCUAAGAGAUCCGAGGAAGUUGAGGUCAAGGCUGUCGAGAAGCGUUCUUCCACCUUCCCGCCCAUGUUUGUUGCCAACAUCAAUGGCUGCACUACCUCGGAGAAUGUUGAUAUUCGUUUCCCUCAACCUGGUGACGUUGUCCAGUACCUCGGCGAGCCUUCUAACUUGGCCGAGGAGGGCGCCGCAGCUUGCACUGGCACUCCCACUUUUGGCAGCGCAGGUGACUCUGCCACUGGCACCAAUUCCGGUUCGGGCUCCUCUGGUUCGAGCUCCUCUGGUUCUGGCUCUUCUGGUUCUGGCUCAGCAGCGGUAACUUCCACUUCGGCAGCCACUACCCCUGUAUCAACCCAAGCCGCUGAGCCUGCUCCGGCCUCUACCUCGGUUCCAUCUGCACCUGAACCCGCCGCACCUUCCGCUACCUCCGCGGCAAGUCCGGCUUCUCCCUCUUCCAGCUCCAGCUCCAGCUCCAGCUCCAGCUCCGGUUCUUCCAGCUCUUCCAGCUCGGGUGCCCUGAGUGGCUCAUGCAGCGAGGAGGGUGAAUGGAACUGCAUUUCCGGUACUUCUUUCCAACGUUGUGCUUCCGGUGUGUGGACUGUCUCCCAGCAAAUGGCUUCUGGAACCUCUUGCACUGCAGGUCAGAGUUCGGAAUUAACGAUUGUUGCCACCAAGCGAGCUCGUGCCAUUUCAGAACUGCGUUUCCGCAAGCGCAGCAUCGGUGAAUCUCACCAUGUUUAG